AUGGAUAGAUUAUUUCAAGUGGCUGAAGCUGAAUUAAUAGCAGUUACGUCUAUGGAAAAAAAAGAAAUGAGCAAUACAAGUUCACCAAUUUUUGUUCGAAAUGACAGUACUGUUUCUAUUCCAACAGUUCCUUCUAUAAAUGCCAAAAUAAAAUUUGAUUCGGAUGACUGCAAGAUUUCCGUAAAUAAGUGUGAAACAUAUUGCGAUAUAGAACAAAUAUUUUUGUCAAACGCUGAAACAAUGAACACAGAGUUGUCAAAUGACUGCAUUUCAUUUUGUUUAAAAAAUAAAGGCAGUGCUAAUGUAGAUCACGGCAAUGUUCAUUAUGGAACUAAUAAAGGUCCAGUCUUAAUAAAAGCGGAGAAUGAAACAUUUUCAAAUUGUUUUCACCAAAAUAAUCCUAAUACGUUUUCUGCAAUUGAUGAAAAUCCAAAUAGCAAUUCUGCGAUGAAAAAUGUCAACAAAAAUGACAAUGUUGAUUCCUGUCUUUUUUCGAAUUCUGUAGUUGAUGAAAAGAAUUUUUCAGAUUUUGAUCACAACGCUGAGUUAGAUGCUGUCAUUGAUAUUGGUGCAAGCAAUGAAAUUUAUGUUUUAUCAAAACGUGAUGUAAACACUGAUAUAAACAAAAUUAAAAAUGAUCUUGUUUUCAAAGAUAACAAUGAAAUGAAUUGCUCUCUUUCUAAUAAAAUAGAAUGUUGUCUGCAUGAUCGCACUAGAUCUGCGGUGAAUGAGACAAACGGUGGUAACUAUUCAGAAAGCGAGAAACAUGUGGAAAACGGUGCUGAUCAACCUGAGGAUAAUUUAAUGACAGGAUCUUUCUUAUUUAGUCUUACUAAAGGUAUCAAGAAUACAGAAUCCGCCACGCACGAUUCACAUGAUUAUGAGUCAAAAUCAAUGUGCGAUGAAUUGACAACAGUUGCUUCAAAUUCCACAAUGAUCAAUACCGAGUUUACAUUACAUGGAUUGUCAUGCGAAUCUACUAAUUAUAGAAAUAAAAAUUGCAGUAAUGAUAUAAAUAAAAAACAAACUGACCUCGAAUCUGCUUGCCGGGACAAUUUUCUUCUUGAUGAAACUUCUCAUGAAAACGAGCAUGUUAAUAUUUCAAAAAAAGGAACUGAUGAUGAAAAAUUAAUUGAACUUCCUACCGGUAUGAUAUCAUUUGAAAAUACUGGUGUGUUAGAGCAUCAUAGUCUAAGAGCUCAACAAACAUCUAAAAGAAGAAUUACUUCAUGUGAAGAGUCAUUUGAUCGAAAAAAAAUUGUUAUUGCCAGCAAACAUGGGCAUAUGGAAGUUAAAAGUAUAAAUGAAGAAAUUUUCAAUAUAGCUAGCAAUGCAAAUUUUGAAAAGGUUCAUCCGUCAAAUACCAACAAUGUAGAGGGAAAAGAAAAUUCAAAAAAUAAGAUAAAAAAUAAUACGGAUCUUGCUGAAUAUCAACACAAUUCUCCUAAAUUUAUUACAAUUAAGGUCGAUUGGUCCAAUGUUAACGUUAAGGACGGGGAAAAACAAACGGAAAUAAAAAUAAAAUUUAAUUUGUUGAAGUGGAAAAGGGAGAAAUUGGAUACGAACUUAUUGAUAAAAAAUUUGAAAGACGAACUAGAAUUAUUUAAAGCCGCUUACAAAAAAUCGUUAGAUGAAAUUCAGAUUUUAUUUCUCCAGUUGAAAUUUGGUAAAAAACAAGAAAUAGACAUUUCAGCAAAGAGUGAAGGUUUUCAAGACAACAAUUUUUGUUUCAUUUCAGACAUUUCUUAUUUGAAUCAAGAGAGUAAACCUAAAAGAAAGUCUCAGCGAACUAUUACUAAAAAUGAAUUGAUGAGAGAUAACGAUGAAAUAAAAUCAUCUAACGAUGACAAGGAGGACAUAAAAUCAAUUACAUCAGUAGAAACAGUAGAGAGUUCAGAUUCUAAAAUUUCUAGAAUCACUCGUAGAAGUGCAAAUAUUUCAAAGUCAGAUUUGUUGGUCGAAAACAAGCUUGAAACAUUAUCACUUAAAAAUGCCAGUGCAGAAAGCCUUUCAAAAAUGUCUAAAACUUUAAGCAAAAAAUUUGUAAAAGAUAUUUGUUAG